AUGUCAUUCAUCCCCGCCGCGACCCCCGCUCAACACAAUCACUCCCUUAAGCAACAGCCGAGUACCAAGCCGAUGCGUGUGAGCCCCAAGAUCACGGCGCGGAAUCUUUGCGCCCUCGAGUGGCAAUCGAACGGCAAUCAAAAGGAACCAGCGAGUGUCUUUGCGACUUACUGGAAUGGGUUGUCUACUGCCGACAAAGAGUUAUACAAGCGCAAAGUAUCUGUUCAGGUGGCUUCCUCGGGACUGGUUCAAGUGGAUGACAACCAUGAUGACUAG